GCAAAUAUUUCGUCAACCAGUUAUGCCAUGAAUGAAGGCGUCGCCAAUGGUCUUGUGUGCGGACUCACGAGGCCACCACUGCCGCCCAAACCGCGCGCGAGCAACCGCAGCCGAAAACAGCGCGAGCGCGAGGUACCGGAUGUGGACUGGGAGCGCUCACUUCAACACUUCGCUGCCGCUGUGAGUGACGACUUGGACGAUCUGCACGCCCGAUUCCUACAAGAGGUCGGUCUUUAGUCUUCAUAGCGGCUGUAAAAGGCAUAACCAACGCGAUUACACUCCUACACGUGCCUGACACCUCGUCUAUCUCCAGAAUGAGCUCACAUUUGCUGGUUGGAAGCGGUUGUGGACCGAUGCGAGGAUGAGCGCCGCCUUCCACGUUGAGUUCUGGGAGAGCUCGCCCACCAACACGCACAAGACGAUCCUGCAGCAGACGCUAGACGCGCUUGUCUGCUGCAUCGAAGAGCGUGAUGGUGUCUUCGAGAGCGCAGCGGACGUCGGAGCUCUGAUCAGCCGCGUGUUUGCGCUGUACUGCGCGUACACGGUGCAGCUUGGCAAUCCCAAGCACAAAAUCGACGUGGAUCCGCAGUCGUGGACUGCAUUGCUUACAAUCAACUUCGCCAUGUGUGGUGCGGGAUCUUCGCUGUUCCCGACGGCGGCGCGAGAAGUGAGAGCCAUGAUGCAUCGUCUCGUGGUGGAAGAGAACGCGUUUCUCCGCUGUCUCCAAGGAUUUGGACCGAGUGUUCGUGUGAGGAAUCGUGUAUUAAGAGUCCAAACUGCUGGAGUAGCGGGGGCUGGUCAAGAUGUAUCGCUCAGUGCAGCCAGUGGCCACGAGGAAGACGCCCCAGUUAAGAAAACCACAAUGGAGCAGCUCAAGGCGCUUAAUGACCGCUAUCAGGAGCUCAUGAGUCGGUCUCGAUCUGCUGCUGCUGCUACUAGCGCUGGAUUAAGUGGGCGACGGAGUAAACCUACGUUGUCGGCAUCUUUAACGUCUUCGACUCAAGAAGCAGGAAAUGGCGGACACGAUUUGGAUCGCGCUUUGGCGGAAUAUGUGGAAUACAAAGCGAAUGAAGAGGUUCGUAGGCGUGAUCGCAUCGUGCGUGCAGUUGUUGCUCGCAAGUACGACAAAAGCAGGAACAUUCUCGAACAAACCAGCAGUGAUGGCCGCAGCAACGGCCUGGAUCGGAGUGAUCGAAGUAGUGUCGCGUCUGUACCUCUUAGUCCCAUGGCUGCACCUGCUUCCAUUACGCGUGACCGCAGCGGCAGUGAAGAUUUCUUGGCAGAGCUCGAGUCAGAACUGCAUGCAGAUAUUUCAAGCGAACAAGUUGAUCCAGCAACAACAAAACAGGCAGCCAGAACCAACCAGACUUCAAUAUUGAGCGAAAUUAGUGAAGCGGACAGUGACGCCCUGGCUGAUCUUGAACGGGAAUUAGAGCAAAGCGUCGGCGCUGGUUUAUCUCAAAAUGGAAGGAAAACAAACCCAAAGAAAUCGUCUUCUCCUGCUCGUCGGAAGAGAGGUCGAUCCCCUGCCAAUACUGUGUCCCGAGUCGAACCAACAACUACCCUGGCGACUCGAAGGACAACAGCGGAGAAACAAUCCUCAGCCAUCAGUGAAAUCAGUGAGGCAGACAGUGACGCUUUUGCUGAUCUCGAGCGAGAACUGGGGCACAGUGUUGAGCUUGUGUCGUCUCAAAAGGUACCAGAACAGCCAUCGUCUCCACCUCAAAAUCGCAAGCGGGGGAGAGACUUUGCUGCCCCAGGGAUUCUCCCACGAAAAGCUGCUCGAACAGCGAGCUCAACACAAAAACCUGCUCGCCCGACACCGAAGCGUGCGAGGAGUGACUCUGUUGCGAGCACGAUGUCUUGGGCUGCGGCUUCGAUGGCUGAUAGUGAUGGCCUUGCUGAGAUUCAAGCCGAACUGGAUGCCAUUCCCACGCUGGCAGGACCACUGGAGACUGCUCCUGUGAAUCCCUCUCGUGGUCGCAAGACCCAGCAGCGUUCGUCCGACGGUAUUGUACAUCCCGCAACAAAAUCAAAGGCAAAAACAAGAGUGAAACAACCGACUGGACAGUUCAGUGCUCGUGGCCAAAAGCGAAAACCUCAGGCUGUUGAUGUAGACGAUCGUCUGAAUCACCAAGUGCAGUCCACGCAUCAACGUCCAGAAAGGAGGACAAACGAGCCUAGCACGGUCGAUGAAGUUUUACUUCGGAGAUCGUCUCGGUUGAGUUCAGUGGCGUCAGAAGCAGACAGCAACGCGCUCGAAGAACUGGAGAGGGAGCUCAACGCUACCGCUGCAACGUUAGGAGCAGCCCCAUCUCUAUCAGCCCCAGCUCCAGGCAAGGCGACACCUCAAAAACGGAACGCACCAGUCAAACGAUCAACUCGAAACAAUACAAAGAAGCAACGGCCAAACGAGACGCACAUUUCCAUUGGCAAGCAACGAGCAUCAAAAUCAAAUCCAAAGGCACCACAGGAGUCGUCUCGAAUGAGUUUCGUGUCGUCGGAUAAUGAGAGCGAUGGGUUGACAGAGUUGGUGGCUGAAUUGGACACCGUGGCAACGCAGACGAGUACUACAGUGAAGCAAAUGCGACCUGACAGAAGCUCUACAAGUGGGAAGAAGGCGACUGUCUCUGCAUUAUCUCAUCGUGUACUGGAACCUGCCGUCCCCGCUGGCCUUCGACGAUCCGCUCGCUUGAGUUCUGUGGCAUCAGACACCGAGAGCGAUGGGCUAGAAGAUCUAAUGGCAGAGCUUGACAGCACCCCAGCAGCUUCAAAACUUCCUACGACAAGACCUAGAGUCACCCGAAAGCAACAGACUCGUAAGUCGAAAUCAAGCCAAGCAAAGGAAGGCCCAAACACUAGAAAACCUCGUGCUCUGCCAGCGCCGACAAAACAAAAACGUGUUGCAGUGAGGAAAGCUUCCACCAGUCAGGCAGUAGCAGCACCAGUGAGCUCUCGACGAUCCACUCGAUCCAGCUCUGCAGCUUUCGACACUGAUAGUGAUGGUCUCGCAGAGUUGGAGGCAGAACUGCAAGCAGGACCCACAUAAACUAAUUUCAAGACAAGACAAUGGCUUGCCCCAUUACUUUAAGUAUAAUUUUAUGCGUUUCACACUCGUAGUUACCCAUGGGCAAGG